AUGGCUCUGAGCAAAGGGCUGAGGCUGCUGUGGAAGCAGGAACCCAUUCCGAGCGCCCUACUGGAGGCCCGCGGCCGCCAGGACUGCCUGCUGCUGGAAGCCGGCACGACAGCCACCCUCACAUUUGAAGAAAAAGAAGAAAUUAAAGGGCAAUAUGAGAAGCUUAUGGAUGCUUAUGGAUGCUUAGGCGAGCUCCAGUUAAAAUCUGGCAACUCCACUUUGCAUUUCCUGGUUCUUGUGACAGGCUGUACAUCAGUGGGAAAAAUCCUUGAUACUGAAGUUUACAAGAUCACAGCUACUGAAUUUUGUGCUCUCCAAGAAGAAACUAAAGAAGAAGAUCGUGUCUCUGCCUUGAAGAAACUUCUGAAUUCUGGGGUUUUCUAUUUUUCUUGGCCAAAUUCAGGAUCAAACUUUGAUCUCACUAUCCGAGCCCAGGAGAAAGAUGAUGAUAGCUAUCAGACUGGAAAUUCAUUUUUCUGGAACCAGCUAUUGCAUGUCCCUUUUAAACACUAUCAGGUGAACUGUUCAGACUGGCUACUAAAAGUGAUUUGUGGUGUGGUGGACAUUCGUACUCUUUAUGCCUCUCACAAGAAGGCAAAAGCCUGUCUCAUCUCCCGGAUUAGUUGUGAGCGAGCUGGUGCCCGGUUUCACAUACGAGGAGUCAAUGAUGAUGGUCAUGUUUCUAACUUUGUUGAGACGGAGCAGACUAUCUAUUUGGACAUGGAUGUUUCUUCCUUUGUUCAGAUCAGAGGUUCAGUUCCAUUAUUCUGGGAGCAACCUGGAUUGCAGGUUGGUUCCCAUCAUCUGAAGCUUACCAGAGGUCUGGAGGCAAAUGCUCCUGCUUUUGAUAAGCAUAUGAUACUUCUGAAGGAGCAAUAUGGCAAACAAGUGAUCGUUAAUUUGCUGAGAAGCAAAGGGGGAGAGGAGGUCCUCAGUAGGGCUUUCAAGAAAUUGCUUUGGGCAUCAUCCCAUGCAGUAGACACACCAAUGAUUAAUUUUGAUUACCAUCAUUUUGCAAAAGAUGGGAAACUGGAGAAUUUGCUGGGCCCCCAGCUAAAAGUGCAUUGGGAAGAAUUGGGCAUCUUUACAAAAAGUGAAAAUGCAAGUUCCCGUCAACAGAUGGGUACCAUUCGAAUGAAUUGUCUGGAUUGUCUAAAUCGAACUAAUGCCGUCCAAACCUUCAUAGCACUUGAGGUUCUCCAAAGUCAACUCGAAAGCCUGGGAUUAAAUUCCAAACCUAUAGUUGAACGUUUUUUGGAAUCUUACAAAGCAAUGUGGGCUCUCAAUGGGCACAGUCUAAGCAGAAUUUUUACAGGCAGCCGUGCUUUAGAAGGAAAAGCUAAGGUUGGGAAAUUUAAAGACGGUGCCCGGUCAGUAUCACUGACCAUUCAGUCAAACUUUUUUGAUAGCGUGAAACAGGAAGCCAUUGAUUUACUGCUUAUGGGUGAUUUUUACAAUGAAGAAGAGAGAAUGCUGCUGGAUCAUACGGCAUUACUGAGUAAGCAAGAUCGUUUUAUUUCAAUAGCUCUGCACACUUUGAAAAUCAUGUCAGAGCGUCAAUUUGAAUUCACAAACUUCAAGAGAAUUCGUGUUGCCAUGGGGACCUGGAAUGUAAAUGGAGGCAAACAGUUUAAGAGUAACAUCCUUGGUACCAGCGAAUUAACAGAUUGGUUACUUGAUUCCCCUAAACUCUGUGGGGUUUCAGAGUUUCAAGAUGAUCAUUGUCCCGCCGACAUAUUUGCUGUAGGAUUUGAAGAAAUGGUAGAAUUAAAUGCUGGCAAUAUUGUGAAUGCGAGCACAACCAAUAAGAAGAUAUGGGGAGAACAGAUUCAGAAGGCUCUUUCAAGAACACAUCGAUAUAUUCUGUUGACCUCAGCCCAGCUUGUGGGUGUUUGCCUCUUCAUUUUUGUAAGACCUUUCCAUGUUCCCUAUAUAAGGGAUAUAGCAGUGGACACAGUAAAGACUGGAAUGAGAGGAAAAGCUGGAAACAAAGGAGCAGUUGCCAUCCGUUUCCAAUUUCAUAGCACCAGCUUAUGCUUUGUAUGUAGCCACUUGACAGCUGGUCAGUCUCAGAUAAAAGAACGGAACGAAGACUAUAAAGAGAUCACUCAGAAACUGAGUUUCCCAAUGGGAAGAAGUAUGUUUUCUCAUGACUAUGUUUUCUGGUGUGGUGAUUUCAACUAUCGCAUUGACUUGACUUAUGAAGAAGUAUUUUAUUUUCUCAAACGACAAGACUGGAAGACUCUCCUGGAAUCUGAUCAACUGCAGCAACAGAAAUCUAGUGGAAAGAUUUUUAAGGACUUUCAUGAAGGAACUAUUAAUUUUGGCCCCACAUAUAAAUAUGAUGUUGGCUCUGAGGCUUAUGAUACAAGCGAUAAAUGUAGAACUCCAGCAUGGACUGACAGAGUUCUUUGGUGGAGGAAGAAACUUCCAAUUGAUAAAACAGCAGGACAAGUCAGUCUUCUUGAUAGUGAUCUCAGCAUUGAAACCAAAGUCAGACCCAUUUGGUCUCCUGGUGCCUUGAUGUAUUAUGGAAGAGCUGAGCUCCAGGCCAGUGACCACAGGCCUGUUUUAGCUAUUGUGGAAGUGGAAAUGCAAGAAGUUGAUGUGUCUGCUAGGGAUAAUGUUUUCCAGGAAGUAUCAUCAUUUCAGGGACCUCUAGAUGCUACAGUGGUGGUGUCUCUAUUGUACUGUUCCCCUGAAGAGAAAGAUGAAUUUCCUGAGGAUUGUCAAGUGGAGCUUAUGCAGAUCUUUGAGACUUAUGGCACUGUUGUGCUUGUCAGGAUCAAUGGAGAUCAAAUGUUGGUUACAUUUUCAGAAAGCAGAUCUGCUCUUCACGUUCUUGAUGUGGAUGGCAUCAAGAUUAAAGGCAGGAUUGUGAAGAUUUGUCCUAAAACCAAAGAUUGGCUGAAAGGCCUUCAAGAGGAAAUUGCUAGGAAACGGGACAGUAUUGCUCCUAUGUCACCCACAGCAAAUUCCUGUCUGCUGGAAGAAAACUUUGAUUUUUCAAGUUUAGAUUAUGAAUCAGAAGGUGAUAUCUUAGAUGAGGAAGAUGAUUAUUUGGAUGAAACGUUGCGUCCCGGACCAUUUGAAACAGAAACAGUAUCAACAAUGGAAGAAUCGGGAGACGGAUCAGAAUAUGUGAGCACGGUGUCUACCACACAUGCAAACAAAUCACAUGUUGCUGGAAGAAAACCAUGUCUGUAUAAAGGUAUCCAUCCUUUCAUGAUGAAAGACAAAUGAAGCCAUAGUCGUAAAAGUUGGUUGGGUCAUUCAAAGAAGGCUUUUUUAUUGGAAUAAG